AUGGGGCCCCCAGGCAAUAGGGGAUCAUGGGGCCCCUGUGUCCUUGCCCAAACUCAAAAAAGCCUAUGAAAAAGAUGAAAAGCAUUUGUUUCAUAAAUAUACAAAUUUGGAUGACCCAAAGAUGCAUAUUUAUUCCCCAAACUGUUCCAAAAGAUAUUUGCCAAUAGUUGAAGACAGGGGCGGACUGACAACUCAUGGGACCCCCGGGCAAUAGGGGAUCAUGGGGCCCCUGUGUCCUUGCCCGCACUCAAAAAAGCCUAUGAAAAAGGUACCAGGGGCAUUUCAUGGAGCCCCCUACUGACCCUGGGCCCCCAGGCAGUACCCGAGUGCUCGAAUGGUCAGUCCGCCCCUG